AUGGCACAAGACAGCCAAUGGAAGCUGAUAGCAGCCACUGCUAUCUUUGCUGCCGCUACCACUAAGUUUGUGGAUACCCUAGUCCAGAAUUAUCAAACACAUGGUACAAUUCUACCAAAAGGAGAGGCCACGGCAUCUGUCAAGCCUAAAGGAGCUCUGAUUGAAGAAUACAACGAAGACUUGAUACGAGAACAAUUAGCGCGCAACUACGCAUUCCUAGGAGAAGAGGGUAUGGAAGCUCUUAAGGGGCAAAACAUCGUGGUCGUCGGAGCUGGUGGGGUUGGCUCUUGGGUUGUUACAAUGCUGGUUAGGUCAGGUGUAUACAAAAUCAAAGUUAUUGAUUUUGACCAGGUUUCACUUAGCUCAUUGAAUAGACACAGCUGCGCAAACUUGAAAGACGUUGGUACUUCUAAGGUUGGAUGCUUGAAGAAGCACCUUGAGGAAAUCGCGCCCUGGUGCGAAAUUGAUGCAGUUCAUGAAUUAUGGAACAAGGAAAACGCCGAGCGGCUUUUAUUUGGCGAAGAUGGCAAAGAAAAGCCAACAUUUGUUAUUGAUUGUAUCGACAACAUUGACACGAAAGUCGACUUAUUAGAGUUUGUCUACCGCAACGAAAUUCCUGUUAUCUCUUCUAUGGGAGCUGCGACAAAGAGUGAUCCAACAAGGAUAAAUGUUGGCGACUUGACGAAUACAGAAGAGGAUCCACUUGCGCGUUCCGUCAGGCGGCGUCUGAAACAGAGGGGGAUCACUAAAGGCAUUGCAGUCGUUUUUAGUGCAGAAAAGCCAGACCCUCGCAAAGCUUCCUUGCUUCCUCUCCCUGAGGAUGAGUUUCAGAAGGGCAAAGUUGACGAGUUGAGCGCUUUGAAAGACUUCCGUGUUAGAAUAUUGCCUGUUCUUGGAACCAUGCCUGGGGUUUUUGGCCUAACUAUUGCAACUUGGGUUUUGACAAAAAUUGCUGGAUACCCUAUGGAGCCUAUCGAAGGGAAGAACAGGAUUAAGAUCUACGACGGAAUUUAUCAAUCCCUUGCCGGGCAAAUGUCUCGUAUUGGGAUGCCAGACCAGCGUGUUCCUAUAGCUCUCAAAGAGAUAGGCUAUAUCUGUGAAGAAGUUUUCCGGGGUAAGUCUCCUGUAAGUGGGUUUUCUACAAGACUCACUCUUUCUAAAUGGGACCCAGAAAAACCCGUUUCAUUGCAAAAUGUUGUGCUCUUAACUAAGGAGGAGCAGAAGGAGCACGAAAGACGCGUUUUGAAUGGUGGAGAGCGCUUGGAAGAUUGCUAUUCCGCGGACGUCUUAGAAUUGGUGGCUAAAAGGUUCAAAGAAGAGGAAUAUUACUCUCAGUUCAGAUAA